AAAAAAAAAAACGUAAUGCCCGUUGUAGAUAUAUUCAUAAUUAUUAACUUCUUUUCAUUCAAGGGGGACACAUGUUGUUGGAUAUGUGACAACUGCGAACCGUAUGAAUAUGUAAUAAAUGAGUUUACAUGUAAGGACUGUGGCCCAGGCUUUUGGCCAUAUCCGGAUAAAUUAUCGUGCUUUGCUCUGGAAGUGUUAUACAUUCGCUGGCAAUCCUUAUUUGCUUUGAUCCCAUUGGCAAUUGCUUUAUUUGGCAUUAUAAUGACCGUCAUCGUUAUAGUAUUAUUUGCUAAGAACCAUGACACGCCGCUGGUGCGGGCUUCAGGACGCGAACUAAGCUAUACUCUGUUGUUUGGAAUUUUAGUUUGCUAUUGUAAUACUUUUGUUUUGAUAGCCAAACCUACGAUAGUAUCAUGUAUUUUACAACGAUUUGGUAUUGGUGUCGGAUUUUCCAUCAUUUAUAGCGCACUAUUAACAAAAACCAACCGAAUAUCGCGUAUAUUUCAUUCAGCGUCGAAAUCGGCUCAACGACUAAAGUAUAUAAGUCCACAAUCUCAGGUGUUUAUAACAGUAUCCCUUAUAGCUAUACAAGUGCUGAUCACCAUGGUUUGGAUGGUAGUCGAACCGCCAGGGACUCGUUUUUAUUAUCCUGAUCGAAAAGAAGUUAUUUUAAAAUGCAAAAUGCAAGAUAUGUCAUUUUUAUUCUCUCAACUAUACAACAUGAUAUUGAUUACGGUCUGUACACUUUAUGCCGUUAAAACACGUAAAAUACCAGAAAACUUUAACGAAUCCAAAUUUAUUGGAUUAACAAUGUACACAACAUGCAUAAUAUGGCUGGCAUUUAUACCUAUUUAUUUCGGAACGGGAAAUUCAUACGAGAUACAAAUAACAACGUUAUGCAUAUCGAUAAGCCUAAGCGCAUCCGUAGCACUCAUUUGCUUAUACUCUCCAAAGGUAUACAUUUUAGUAUUCCAUCCUGAUAAAAAUGUGCGCAAACUUACUAUGAACAGCACAGUUUAUCGCCGUUCAGCGGGAGCUUUUGGUGGCGGAACCACAGGUCAAGGAGCUCCUAUUGGCACUUUUGGUGGUUUCGGAUGUGGUGGGACUGGCAGCACUUCGGGCUGCAGUCGAUCACAUGGCGUCACUGGUAGCGCCAAUGCAGUCAUCACGUCUGGUUCGACAAUCAACAAAAAUGGACAGUCACAAAUGAUAGCACAAAGCGAUCGAGUUGUCGCACAACCUUCUGAAAAUCAACAGUUAACUCCAGAAAUUGAGAAAGCAGGCUAUAUAAAAAAUAUAGCGGAAAAUGAUAUAUACAUUUGUGCGAACUUACAAUUAACCGCUUCUGACGAUGAUAAACAUGCAAGCGAAUUUUUGGCCAUGGCAGAAACGAUUCGACGGCGACUUAACGCAAGCACCAGCACAAAUGGAGUUGCUAUAGCAGAUACAGCUAUCGGAUGCGAAUGUGUCAAUAUUACUGAUCAAAAAAUGGAUGAUCGUGCAAUGCUUAAUAUCAGCGCAAGUAGUAGCAGCAUUAAAUCAGUAAAAGGAUAAAUAAUAUGCGUUAACAAUAAGGGCUAAGGUUACAAUUAUAAAUUAAAAAUAUCUUGUGUUCAAUAAACAUUCGGAAUU